AUGGAGGAGGAAGAGGGGUUUCAAACACCUAACGAUCGUGCUGCUCCCGAGCGCGCAAUUCAAGCGCUGGUCACCCAAGAUGAGCUUCCUCCGCCAACCAAAAUGCGACAGGCUAUGAUCGUUGCAGCAGGCUUCAUAAUCAUGUUCAUGACCUGCUCGAUUAUCUUCGCUUACGGUGUAUACCAAGCUAUCUACGAGGAAAUGGCCAAACAACCCCAGACCCCAUUCACCGGGGCAUCGUCUUCAAUCAUCAGUUUGAUCGGAACACUCUCCAUCGCCGUCAUGUCCAUGGGCGGGCCCUUCGUCAUGACCUGGGCAAAGUUAUACGGUCCACAACCAGUGAUCAUGUCCGGCGGUGUUGUAUUCGGACUGGGCUGCAUCCUCGCCAGUCUAAGCGAAUACGUCUGGCAAUUCGCCCUCACACAAGGGGUACUUGUUGGCAUGGGUACAUGCAUGGCCUACGUACCGACAAUGUCCGUCGCGCCAACAUGGUUCGACAAGCGCCGAGGUCUAGCAAUGGGCAUCGUUAUUUCGGGCUCAGCCUGUGGCGGAAUGAUUUGGCCCCCCGUGCUACGGGCAAUCACUUCUCACAUUGGAUUCCGGAAUGCGCUGCGUAUCUCCGGGUGUUUGGUCAUUCUCUUCGUUCCUCUGGCGGGCUUCACGUUACGCUGGGAGGCUAACUUCAAGAACAAGGUUCGUGGCCAGACGGCUGGAAUCUCCAGGAAGACUGGCUGGAUCAACGUCCCAUUGGUGAACUGGCGUGUGGCCAAGUCCAAGAAGUUUGCCUCGCAAGCUCUGGGUUGUUUCCUGCAGUCAUCUGGGUACGCGACGCCGCUUUUCUUCUACGCGGCCUUUGCACGGUCCCUGGGGUAUAGUGAUAGUAUGGCGGAUAAUUUCAUCACCAUCAGCAAUGCGGCGAAUUUCGUUUCACGCAUCGUUAUCGGAUACAUGGCUGACAAAUAUGGUCGGUUGAAUGUGCUGUUCCUGACGACUAUCAUGAGCUCGAUCGCCGUCUUUGCAUUCUGGCUUCCUGCCACUUUCGCGGAUAACGCUAUCUCUGGGACUGCGGCAGAUGUGCUCUUCAUUUUGUUUGCUAUUUUGUAUGGUUGCUUUGGCAGUGCGUACAUCUCGCUAUUCCCAGCUAGUCUGAUCGAGUUGUUUGGUGUCCAACACUUCACGUCGGUUAAUGGGGCGUUGUAUCUCAUUCGAGGCGUGGGUGCCUUGCUCGGGACACCUUUGACCGGCCUACUAUUACCCGGACAGUCUGCAUUGACGGCUCCUUUAAAUUAUGAAAGAGCGACUAUAACUGUUGGAGUUUUGCUGUUCGCGGCGAGUGUGGCGACGCUGUGGGUGAGAAUCGAGGGUGCAGCUGGGAAGGCUUGGACGUGGAAGCUAUAA